CGUAAUUCCUCAACUCAAACCCUAACUUGGUUUCUCGUAAUCGCUUUAAUUGCAAAUUUCAAAAAGGUUUAUGUGCAGCUCGUCGAGAAUUUAGCUGAAGUUAUCGAGAAUGGAACUCGGGAUCAGCACUCUGAUGCUUUGAUUACUGAGUUGAAUAAUCACUUUGAGAAGUGCCAGCAGUUACUGAAUUCGAUUUCCACCUCUAUUAACUCAAAAUCUAUGAUGUUGGAUGCAGACAGUUGAGGGACAGAAGAGAAAGGUUGAGGAAUGGACCUACUAGGAAAGUACAGAAGCUCUGUUGAAGAGCUUAUCAAGUCUGAGCUGUGACUGCUUGUCACCAUGAAUGGGUCUAAUUGCAGUUCAACGUUUUGUGUAACCAUUCAAGUUGCACGGGAAAGCCGCAGACCCUGCAGCUGUAGAAUUCAACUCCUUUCCUAUUCUUUAAUAGGGAAGGAGAGGAUUAUUCUCUUGUCUUUAUCCCAAUACUGCUUAUAACCAGGCAGAACUUAUUUAACCAUGCAUCUUGGAAUUCGAAGCCAUGAAAUUAUAUAUCCAAGUUCACAGUUAUUUCAUUGAUAUGCCUAAUAUUUGCACUUUCAUCGAGUUUGUUUCCCUAAACGUCUGAAAAAUACUUGUACCACCAACAAGCACCAUUAUUAAUAGUGAAAAACAUGAGACAAUUGUUUCUACUUAAGAUUUUAUGAAUUCAAGAUUUGUGAUCAAUUAAUAGUUGUAAUUUCAGAAGUUGUAUGCACUGUUUUUUUUUUUUUUUUUCCGCAUUAUUCAUCCUGAUUUUAUUUUGGCAAUACUCUCUCGAUGCAAAAGAGGCAGAGGUUGCCUGUCUAAAACGUUGAAGGAAAUGCAAAUAAACCAGAACUUGAAUCAAUGUGUACAAUGAGCUGUGCCUGAAGAAGCAAGACCCUGCAGAUAGUUACUGCUCUAUGGCCUGUAUUCUAAAAUGGAACCAGUCUCAGGAGCUGAUCCAUAUUAAGCCUAGCAAUAAUUCCAGUUUAAGUUCUCUGAAAGUGCAAACUUAUCAUGCAGUGAAUGCAAGUCUCAAUCCCAUUAAAAAAUUAAAAAUUGAAAAAUAUAUAAAAAAUUAACAUCCCAUCAACUCAGUUUUAAUCUUGUUUUUUCUAGAACGUCUGAUCUUUUAGGCUUUGAAAUCGUCCUAGUCAAGUGUAUUUUACUAUAUAUGCAAAGACAUUGUUUGUCCAAGGCUAUCUAAUGCCACUCUAUUUUUAGUUCCAAAUUCAAAAAACAGAAAAUUCUAAGACUAUAUUAUUUUCUUAUAUUAUCAUUGUCCAAAAAUAUCAUCCACAACUGAAUCUGUUAAUACCUAUAAUUUUUGUUUCAUAUCACUCUCAAACAUAUAUGUUUGUUAAUUUCUCCUCCCAUUUCUCUCCAUCUCCCAUUUCCUUAGCUUUAGAGAAAACACAGGAUCUGCAACCACCAGAGAAAAAAAAGAAUCCCCAUCAAAGAAAACUGCACCAUCCCCGCCGGCAACGCAACCGAUAUCUCACAAUCAACAAAAGCAAACAAUAACAAACAAAAUCAAACGAUAUGAGCAAUCCAAGGAUUGGCAACGGCAACGGCAACGGCACCUCCCAAGCUUGUGCUGCCUGCAAAUACCAGCGUAGGAAGUGCGCUCCUGACUGUAUUCUCGCCCCUUAUUUCCCUCAUGAUCGCCAAAGACAAUUCCUCAAUGCCCAUAAAUUGUUUGGAGUAAGCAACAUCACCAAAAUCAUCAAGAACCUUAACCAAACUGACAAGGACGAAGCUAUGCGUACUAUCAUUUUUCAAUCUGAUGUUCGUGCCAAUGAUCCUGUCGGAGGCUGUUAUCGUAUCAUACGUGAACUUCAACGUCAAAUCGAAUAUCAUAAGGCUGAGCUUGAUCUUGUUCUUCAUCAACUUGCCAUUUGUCGUGCUCAAGCUCAACAACAAACUCAUUUCCAAAUGCUAGAAACUGAUGAUUCAACAACGCUUGGGUGUGAGAUUUUGAACCCAGAUUCUUUGGAUGUAUAUGAUCCCACCAUGAUUCAAUAUCAUUAUCCACAAACACAAGAAGAAGAGGAACAAGGAUUUGUGAUUCAAGAUCAUAAUCAGAAACUGCAAGAAAACGUUGAUGAAGCAUUGCCCAUUCAAGAUUCUACAUCAUCGCCAUCUUUGCAUGAUUUCAAGCAGCAUUUUGUUAAGGAAUGUGAUGAUAUCAAGCCACUUCUUGACAUAAACGACGUCAAGUUUGAGCCUGAAGAGUUAGUUGAAAGGCAGUUAGUACCGUUGACACAGUUAGUUAUCUCAUCAUGAUAGGAUUGUUGAUGAUUAUUCUUGUUAAUCUUCCAUGCAAAGAAGAAGAAAAAAUGUCUAUCUAUGACUAAGAUCAAUGGACGGAGUAUGUUAGAAAUAUAAAAAAAAAAAAAAAAAAAAAAAUACUGGAAUCUCUGGUUUGAUUCUUUUUAGCCUUAGUAAGAUGAUAACAUUUGAAACUUAAAAAGUUUUAUUUGGAAUUUUGCAUAAAAUUUUUCAUUACUUGAUUAUGGACAAUGAUAUGUAGAGAGGACAGAGGUAUCUAAUUGAUUUUUUAUUUUCU